CGUGUAGUAGCCAAAAUGGCUUCCAAACAGAACCCACGAAGCAAGGAAAAGGCCAAGAAAAUAUCGACAAUGAAACAGGACAAAGAGUUCAGUUUGAAGGAUGUUCUAGAUUUUGGAGGAGAAAAGGGAGACUAUGAGAUGCUUAAAAACAUUGAUGACAGUAGUGAUAUUGAGACUGGUGGCGAAGGAAUGGCUUCCCUCAACAAGGACGAGAUUAUUUCAGUCAUACAUGACCUAGGCCUUGAUAAAGUAAUAUCUGAAGACAUGGUUUAUAGCCCUGAUAUGAUUUCUCAUGAGUCUGGGGAAGAGGAUGAUUCUAAUGAAGAAAAAGGAACCUCUGGCAGCACAAAAACAUCUUCAGUGCUCAUAGAAGAUACCAAGAACAAAAAGAUCUCCGCAAACAAAACAGAGGCAACCCCUCAGGCUGUUCUUAUCGACCAACUGACAAAGCUGGAGAUACCAGAAACACAGGCUAACCUUACAGUGUCACCUGGUGGCAAGUGGUUUGACCAGGUGCCAGAAGAUCCUCGGCCAACAGUGCAGAUUCCUGUUUCCCUUAUCAGUCAGUUGCACCACAAGGCCAAGCAAGCAUGGGAAAAGGAUUGCACCCUCUACACUCAAAUAAAGAGCAGAUCCAAAGGAUCAGAUGGCGAGUGGCUCAGGACGGUCGUAUCGUCAGGAACUCUGGGGGAUAAAAUUGCUGCCUUGACACUUCAAGUUCAGGAGUCCCCUGUCCACCAAGUUAAAGCACUAGAUCUUCUUCUUGCAAUGACAAAGAAGAAAGGACGACGAGAGAGUGUUAUGGCAACAGAUACAUUGAAAGACCUGUGGCUUCAAGAUCUACUCCCUGAGAACAGAAAAUUGAGAACCUUUGCUCAGCAACCUUUCGAGUCCUUGGCAGAAGGUGGUGGCCGAAAGAGACUGAUUUUGUGGCACUUUGAAGAUCUUCUUAAAGCAAGAUAUGCAGAAUUUGUGUCUUCUUUUGAGAGACUUCUUGGUGACAGUUUGCCUGAGAUCAGGAACAAGGCCCUUGGGUCUAUUUAUGAUCUUCUUUCCGAGAGACCUGAGCAGGAGCAGUUCCUGCUUCGACUACUUGUUAAUAAAGUUGGUGAUCCAGACCGGAAGAUUGCAUCCAAGGCUUCACACCUAAUAAGAUGCUUGGUAAACAAGCAUCCAAAUAUGAAAAUGGUUGUAACCCAAGCAGUGGAAUAUCUCCUGUAUCGUCCAAACAUUGGAGUCAAAGCACAAUAUUACUCCAUCUGCUUCCUUAACCAAAUGGUCCUUGGCCAGCAAGACACAGAGCUGGCCAUCAAGCUGAUUACCAUAUAUUUCUCUUUUUUCAAGAGUUUUGUAGCAAAAGGUGAAGUGGAGACCAAAAUGCUAAGUGCACUGUUAACAGGAAUCAACAGAGCUUUUCCUUAUGUGAAAGGAAAUGAUGAGAUGUACAAUGAGCAGUUUGACACUAUUUUUCGUGUGGUUCAUAUCAGCAGCUUCAAUACUAGUGUCCAGGCCCUCAUGCUGCUUCUGCAAGUCAUGAGUUCAAGGCAGUCUGUCUCCGAUAGAUUCUACCAAGCCCUCUACACCAAGAUGCUGGAUCCAAAUCUCUGCACGUCUUCCAAACAGGCUAUGUUUUUAAACAUCCUAUUUAAAUCCAUGAAGACUGAUACAUCACUGGCUAGAGUCAAGGCAUUUGUGAAAAGAUUACUGCAAGUGUGCUGUUCUCAACACCCUUCUCUUGUCUGUGGUUCACUUUUUCUUGUUUCUGAAUUACUCAAAAUCAAGCCAGGAAUAAAGAGUUUGAUAGAGCAAUCAGAGGAUAAUGAUGAUGAAGAACAUUUCGUUGAUAUACCGAAUGAUGAUGAUGAUGAUGAAAGCCCAAGUGCAAGACAGCCUUGUGCCCCAUGUCCUGAGCGCUACGAUAUGAAGCACAGGAAUCCCCUCUACUGCCACGCGGAAAGAUCUUGUCUGUGGGAGGUGACUGGGUUAUCUGGACACUACCAUCCCUCAGUCAGUCAUUUCGCCAACCUGUUACAGAAGGGAGAGCCCAUUCAGUACAAUGGAGACCCUUUACAAGACUUCACACUUAUGAGGUUCCUUGAUCGUUUUGUUUACAAAAACCCCAAGACAAAGGCAAAAGACCAUGGUGGUUCUCUGAUGCAGCCCAAGAAUAUCUCAUUGCGACUACUAGAAGAACCAGUUAACUCAAAAAUGUAUCUGAACAAGGAAGAAAAGGACAUACGAGAGGAUGAAGUGUUUUUCUAUAGGUAUUUCAAGACUAAAGCCCACGAGGAAGAAUCCAAAAAAAAGAAAAGUGAGAAUGACUUGAAUGACUUCGACAAAGACGACAGUAACGACAUGAGUGGUAACGUGCAUUUUGACUUUGCCAGAGAACUAAAAAAAACCAAAAAGGAAAAGAAAUCUGAUGAUGGAAGUAGCGGUACAGACAGCGGAGACGAGCUGAAUGAUGACAGCGAGGCAGAAGAAUUUGACUAUGAAGACAUGGAAGCCGAAGACGAGGAAGAAGAACCUCCUGAUCCGAAAAGAAAGUUGACCGACCGGGACUAUGAAAAGGCACUCCUUGAUAACAUAAGCUCGGAUGAGUUCGAGUCCGAUGACGAAAAAGCUCAAAAUAAUGAAAGCAAGAAGAUGAAAACAAGCGGGAAUGACAUCAGCUCCUUGUUUGCAUCCGCCGACGAGUUCGCUCAUCUGCUGGAGACUUCUGAUAACUCUGCGGGUGGCCGUGAGGAGGUGCAACGCAAUGGAGCCGGCAAAAAGCAAAUCAAAUGGGAGCAACGUCAACAGGUCUUCGCAAAGACAAGAGGGAAAAGAGAGAAUCAAUUUGCAAAGACAAGAGGGACGAGGGGUACACAAGGGGGUGGUAGAGGGACGAGGGGUACACAAGGGGGUGGUAGAGGGGAAAGGGGAGCACAAGGGGGUGGUAGAUGGGAGAGGGGAGCACAGUGGGGUGGUAGAGGGAUGAGGGGUACACAAGGGGGUGGUAGAGGGGAAAGGGGAGCACAAGGGAAAACCAAUGUCACCAAUCAGACGAAAGUGCCAACUCCAAGAUUGUGA